GAGUACAUGGAGAGACUAUACACAGAUGAGGACAAGAGUCAUGUACUGCAAUUGUUUGUAAAUAUUACAGAUUUGGUUCCCCAACAUAUUGGGCAAGUUAUUAGACUGCUUAAGGUUUGGUCUGUUGAUGAGGAGGAAGUAAACUAUUUUGAGCACGCUAUGCUGCAGAAUAUGAUGAAGAUGUUGAAGAACCUGAGCAUGAACUACUUGAAGCAGAUGGGCGGAGGUACCGAGGUUGACCUGCUGGACUACCAGGAGCUCCCUCUCAUUCCAACCAGGGAGGAGCUCGUCAACUUCUCUAACAAAUCUGUUCAGACAGGAUUACUCCCAGUACGGACUGGAGUAGGGUAUAGUAGUGAAGAGGAGUAUAUGGAGACCUACACCAGACUACAGAGAACGGAUGGUUUCAAUACACUCUGUGUAGGAAUACAGAAGUUCCUGAAGGGUGAGCUGGAUCACCGUGACAUGAACGUUUACAAUAUUGUUCAAUUCCGAGGUCUCACACUCUCCAAGUCCUCCAGGAUAUCCUUAGCCCUUAAAGUACAACCUUUGAAGAAAGUCAAGGAUCUGAGUAUCUCCCGCUACCUAAUGACAGGAAACCUGUUGUGUAUCACCGUCAAAGGGGACUUCUCCGACCCAGUGUGGGCCAAGGUCUCCGUCCGGCACACAGAGACCUUGAAGAGGGAGAAUAUUAUUCUGGUGGAACUGCUGACAGAGCACAACCAGGCCUCAACCUUCUCCAUCAUGAGACGGUUACUGGGGAAUGAUGGAAAGGCAAUGAUGGCGGAGACUCCGUCCUUUUAUACGUCAUUUGGUCCUGUGCUCUCAGCUCUGCAAAAAUAUGAGAUUAAAAGUUUAGAACUCAAAGAUAUUAUUGUCAGGUGUGAAAGAGAUACUACUGAGCCUGAAUAUCUUAUUGGGAACAGAAUAAACCUGAAAAGAUUUGUCCCUUCUUUAAUACAUACUGAGAACCAUAAAUACAAGAGGCUGCAGGAGUGCAGUAGAAUAGAUAUUGACGAGGAUGGAAAGGAAACCGCUUCAGUUCAUGACUUCCUUGAUGUAUUGGACACUGUUCCAACACUAGAUUUAUCACAGAAGGAGGGUAUACGUCACGUGUUGACCAACAAGGUUGGAAUAAUCCAAGGCCCCCCUGGAGCUGGGAAAACAUAUCUCGGAACCAAACUAACAGAGAUCCUGUUGAACCUGGAGAACCCCUCGACUCGUCCCAUUGUUGUGAUCACUUACAAGAACCAUGCUCUGGAUGAGUUUCUGAAAGGACUGCUGGAGAAUGGAAUCUGUAGUUUAGAUGAAAUGUGCAGGAUUGGUGGGAGAUCUAAAGAACCAGAGCUAGAGAAUUGUAAUAUCUACAAGGUUGUGGGUCGAGGCCGGGCUAAAAACAAGGAGGCUGCCAACACACAUAGAGAUAUCAUGGAGACCAACGAGCUCAUUGAAGAACUCUGUUCCGAGCUGAAGGUUGCUGUUCAGGAACAUGGAGCUGAUCUUGGACUUAAACAUCACGAUAUUGUAAACUGUUUGGAUGAAGAACAGUUAGUUAGUUUUCUAAUCCACGAGGAGAACAAUCAGGAGAAACUGAAGAAAAAUAUCAAAACUGCAAUUUUUGACUGCCAAGGGGGAAGUCUUCAUGAUAUAUGCAAUGGUCUGUUCAAUCAGAGAGAAGAAAGCUGCAAAUACAUAAACGAAAUGUUUUUGUAUAAACUAGAGAAAUGGUUCCCGGAGAACAAAAUGUUCAAAGGUUUCAAGACCAACAUAGAGAAGGUCGAAGAGAGUUUAUUAAAGCAAAGAGUUAACGUCUACAAGGAGAUGUAUGCUGGAAGAGAGUCUCCUGAUAACAACAAUAUGGAUGAAAACAUGGAUGUAGAAGAAGAGGAAGAAGACGACGCUAUUGCUCUGCAGAGAGAGCGUGUUGAGAUGGUUCGAAUAUCCGGGUCUGGGUUGAGAGCGGAUGAGGCUCCAGUGAUAACACGAUUUUUUGAUGAUCAGGAAUAUAUGUGUGUGAUAAACCAGUUCCCUGAGAACUGUCCGAUAGUGGUUGAUCUACUUUACGGAGAUAUUUCAACCUAUUCUACAGACUCCAAGAUCAAGUUCCUCUACACAAUUCUCUACCAGAUGCAGGAGAAUAGCAGUGAGAGGUUGGAUCAGAUGAUCAGGAACCUGGAGGAGAAAAUGCAGAUGAAGGAAGAGCUUGAAGCUGUCUACAGAGCAGAGUGUAUCUCCGGGAUGAAGGUGGUAGGUAUCACUAUCACGGGAGCGUCCAUUAACAAUUCAAUGUUGAAGAUAUUAAAACCCGAGAUAGUUCUAGUGGAGGAAGCAGCAGAGAUAUUAGAACCUCAGCUCCUGGUUGCACUCAGCUAUCAAACCAAGCAUCUGAUCAUGAUCGGGGAUCAUAAUCAGCUCCCACCUCAGGUAAACACUUAUGAGCUGAAGAAGAUGAGGUUUGAUGUGUCGAUGAUGCAAAGGCUGGUGGACAACAACCUCCCCUUCGUCCAGUUACAGAUGCAGAACAGGAUGAGGUCAGAUAUAGCGGAGCUCUUACUGGACAUUUAUCCAACUUUAAAGAGUAAUAUUUCACGAGUUGGUUCAAUAGAACUCCCUAAAAUUCUAAAAUACUCGACUAUAUUCUGGGCGCAUAAUAGUCUUGAGGAUGGCGAGACUGAGAAGAACAUUGAUCGGACGAAGAAUAUUGGUCGGAGUAAGACGAAUAAAGUUGAAGUGUCAAUGGCUGUAGGGCUUGCUAGUGUAUUGAUCACCUUCGGACACAGGCCAAGUGAUAUCACAAUUCUAACGAUGUACCUGGGUCAAGUAUCAGAGUUUCGUCGUGUCAUCAAGAAUAAUAAGAACCUAACAAGAGAUGAGGAAACCGUGAAUAUCUCAACUGUUGAUAAUUUCCAGGGAGAUGAAAACAAGAUUGUGAUUGUAUCUCUAGUCCGGAGUAAUACAGCGGGUAAAGUUGGAUUUUUAGCCGAAUUACCUCGUCGUUGUGUGGCUCAAUCUAGAGCAAAAUCCUGCGUUGUAUUUAUCGGAAACCCUGAAACUGUGAGAAGAGCGAGAUGUUGGGAAAGUCUUCUCAAAAAGGUUCAAUUUAAUGGACCUUCUCUUGAAAUAUCCUGCCCUAAUCAUUCCACCAGCUCCACACGGAAACUAACUACAGGGAAAGAUGCGGAAAGAUAUGUGGAUAAUCCGUCCCUGCUCUGCUCCAUCCCUUGUGGAUUAUUAUUCUCCUGUGGAAAGCAUACCUGUAAAGCUACCUGUCAACCCGAGCACAAGCAUAACAAGUGCAACACUAAAGUUUCCUUCAGCUUCUCUAGAUGCAGUCAUGUUGGGACUAAACCUUGUUGGAAGGAUGUAUCUAAAGAGCUCUGUAUGACUGUGAUUGAUUUCAACUUUCCAGACUGUGGCCAUCCAGAGAAGAGAGCUUGUCAUAUUGGUUUGGAGGGAGAAAGAGUAAUGAAAUGCAAGAUGAGCUGCAUACAAAGCAUGGACUGUGGCAAGCACAAGUGCAGUAAAACGUGCGGAGAGCAUCACACCCAUGCCAAUUGUCGUGCACAGGUUGAUGUUGAGAUGCCUUGCAAACAUUUGAUGAAGAAAUCAUGCUUCCAAGACAUGCUGGAGCUCACAUGCACUCAGAAGGUUCUGAAGACAUUCCCGGAGUGCAAGCAUUCGAAGAAGCUUGAAUGCUUUAAGAGGAUCGAAGAUUUGAAAUGCACGGAAGAAGUUAAAGUUACCCGGCAGGGUUGCGAACACAAAACUGUUAAACCUUGCUGUGAGGAUCCCUCCUCAACUCCUUGUGAAAAGGAGUGCAAAAAGGUGCUCUCCUGCAAGCAUGCUUGUUUAAGGAAAUGUGGAGAAGACUGUUCAGACUGUAAAACCUGUGUUGAAAUCCAGAAAAAUCGGGAUAAGGAAAAAAGAAAAGAAAUUGAGAAAAAAAUCGUUGAGAUAAAGAAUGAAAUGCGCCGAAGUAAAGAUAACAACAGAGCAUUCAGUCUGGAGGUCACAGAUCAAUCCGAGUUUGAUACUGUGAAAGGUCAGGUCAUAAACUACAUUGUACCAGACCAUAAUUGGUUUCCCAUUAUAACUAAGAUCGAGCGGGUAACAAACCCCAAACUUGAACUAGCGUUCAAUGAGGCUAAACUAGAACUACAUGAUCCGCACCGACCUGAAGAUCGUAAGUUUCACGGUACCGGAGAUGAUGGAGUGAAGAACAUUUGCUUUGGAGAUGGUUUCAGGCUUCCAGAAGCAAGCAGAAACAAUAUGUUUGGUCAAGGAGUUUAUUUCUCCAGUAUUUCUUCUAAAUCUGCUCGGGAACUUUACACCAAGGGUAGUCAUAAACUUCUUCUGUGCAAGGUUCUGCUUGGUAAAUCCUUGAAAGCUACCCGAGCCAUGAAUGAGCUGACUCCAGCUAAGAUGAAGAAGGAUGGAUAUGACUCUCUAUAUGCCCCAGCAGGUCGACUUGUCAAGAAUGAUGAGUUUGUUAUUUACAAUCCUAACCAAGCAAUCCCAGCUUAUAUAAUCCACUUUGUGAAGGGGGAUAUCUCCAAUAUACAAACUAAGCUGCCUAUGCUGAGUAGUUCAGGGUUUAAGAAGACCCCUAGGUUGCCUAAGAGAACCAUGGAUAUGAACGAUCCUUACGAUAUCCACUACUCCCUGGCAGAGGGUAGAUUCUACCGAUUACAGACUGGAAAGCAGAUGAAUGUUGUUAAGAUUGAUAUUAUAGAGAAUCCUGUUCUAGAGGCCAAGUUCAGUGCUAAGCAAGCAGAGUUUAAGAGUAAAGGAAUCCCAUCUGAUCCUGUUUUUGGAUUUCACGGGACAGCAGCAGCAAAUAUUGAUUCUAUACUUCAGAAUAAUUUUGAUCUGAGUAAGGUUAAGGUUUAUGCCCAUGGUUUCGGAAUUUACUUCUCUGAACGGCCUGAAGUUAGUCAAGGAUAUAACAGGGAUAAUAAGUCAUUUAUCCUUUGUAAGCUUCUGAUUGGAAAGCCAGGAAUCAACAGCAAGGAGGUAAAUAAAGAUGCCCUAGACCGAUUUUGGGCAAUAGUGAUUGGCCAAACCAAUGGAGUUACCGAUCCUUCGAGCAUGGAUCAGAUCUUACCAUCAUACGUGAUCCACUACCAGUAGAGUGGAGUAAACGAUCCUUCGAGCAUGGAUCAGAUCCUACUACCAGUACGAUUUCAACUUAAAAACUUAUCCUGAAAAUUUUCAAAAUAUUGUAUUCUUUUUUGUUAGCGUAAUCAAGCUAUAUGCGCAUUUGUUCUGGACAUCUUAUUCGAACUCGAUUUAUCAUUAAACAAUAAAAUACAUUGUCCAGUUAAGGUCAAAAUAGUAUCCUUUUUUUACUUUUUCACAUUUUUGAUUUAAAAGAGUAUGCUUUGAAAACUAUGUAAGCAAAACCUUAAAAAAAUAAUGUCCAUGAUAAUAUGAUUAAAGUGUUUUGUAAUUUU